AUGACAUCCUUUGCUGGCGUAGCGCCUCUGGAUACACAAAGUCUGGACAGUGACAAGAGAUGGAGCUUGCAGCCUCUUCUGCGUCAUGCAAAGCGCUCCCAUAGUCGCAUGCCCGGAAUUCGAAAAGUACCUCUUCGAGCUAUUGCAAUUAUUGCUUUGAUAGCGUUUCUGAAUAUGAUUGUCUGGGUUGCGGCGGCGAUUGUACUGCAUUAUCACCCAUCAUUGGUUUCCACCGCGGCUCUUGCAUAUACCCUUGGCUUGAGGCAUGCUUUUGAUGCGGACCAUAUUUCUGCGAUCGAUUUGAUGACACGACGAUUGUUGGCAACUGGUCAAAAGCCUGUCACGGUAGGAACAUUCUUUUCUUUGGGGCAUUCCACGAUCGUCAUAAUUACAUCUAUCGUGGUCGCAGCUACCGCUGCUGCGGUUUCCUCGCGCUUCGAUAGCUUCAGUACUAUCGGUGGCAUCAUCGGUAGUUCCGUCAGCGCAGCAUUUUUGAUCCUGCUUGGACUAAUGAACGCGUAUAUUCUGUUCAAACUUAUUAAACAGAUGCAAAAGGUGUUUAGUCUGGGCGAAGGACAGCAGGAUGAAGCUUGGAAGAUCGAGGGUGGCGGUGUGCUGUUUUCCAUUCUCAAGAAAAUGUUUAAAUUGAUUGACCGCCCUUGGAAAAUGUAUCCUCUCGGAAUCCUAUUUGGACUAGGCUUUGACACGUCAUCUGAGAUUGCGUUACUCGGGAUCUCAUCAAUCGAGGCUACCAAGGGAACAUCCUUUUGGGUUAUUUUAAUUCUUCCCGCACUGUUUACCGCUGGAAUGUGUCUUUUGGACACCCUCGAUGGAGCUCUUAUGUUCUCCUUGUACAUUCAGCCCGCAGCAAAUUUCCUUCCUCCAAGACCCGGCCGUGCAGUUUCUGCUGAAGUCGCAUCGGACAUUGAAGGUGACGAGUUACCGCAGUCAAGAGACAAUCACCGAGACCCUGUGGCAUUUCUGUACUACUCGAUCGUACUUACCGUCUUGACUGUGAUUGUCGCUAUUGUGAUUGGUAUAAUUCAGCUUCUUACCAUGAUCCUCAAUAUCACUAAUGCCACUGGAAAGUUCUGGGAUGGCGUACAACUAGCCGGUGAUUACUAUGAUGCCAUCGGUGGUGGGAUUUGUGGCUGCUUCAUUAUAUUCGGAGGCUUGAGCGUUAUGUUGUAUAAGCCGUGGCGAAGAUGGAUGGAUCGACGUCACGGGCGCUCUAUGGCGAAUGACGAAGAGCGAUACCGGGAUGAUGCUCUUGGGUCGGAGGAGGAUACCGCUGUUGCUGGAUGCGAAACAGGAGAAGGCCAGGUGUUUGAGCGUGAGCAAGCCACUACCGUUGACAAAGGGGCUUCGGCUCGUGUCACUGCGACUGAAGAACGAUAG